UGAAGUUUUCCUAUGGGCCAUGAGUCCAUGACUGCUGGAGACCUUCCCCAGUGUUUCUUGCUUCAUCUAAGCAACGGUCCCUUGGAAGAAGCCCAUAUUUACCCCGACUGAAUGCUACAGAAUAAGGAGCAGUGACGCCAAAAAGCAGGGAGCGAUAAGAGCUCUGUGACAACGGAUAAGGAUCAACAAGAAAUUCUCGAGUCUUGAUCCUUGGCACACAGAGGGGAACACGGCCGGUACUCGAGCAAGGAUAGAAGCUCGUCGACGGGCUACGAGAACGCGGAAGCCUCAUCUAUCAGAUGAAGCGCCAAGCCGGCAGCACCCUGCGCAGAGGGAGGAACCGUAGUCCCCUACGCGUGCGUGGCCGUGUUCGUGCCAGGAGCUCUCUGUUACUGGUGCUGUUUGAGCCUGGAAAACUUCAUCAUUGUCCCUUUUUCAGGAUGAACCGAGUGGCGGUGAGCCACUUGGACAAAUCGGUAACUGAUGAGAAAGUACGCAACGGAUUGUUUUUUGCGGCAGUUUUGCUCCGAUACGAUCAAACAGAUGACGAUGCCCUUGUCUCUCCCUUGGUGAACCACUGCCGUCCUGUUACCGAAAACAGCGAAGCCCCGGCUCUUCGGCGGCCUGCUGUUGGACUGUUGGAUAACGCUCCAGUGUUUCCAGUGGUCCCCUGGAGGCUUGGGGGGGGUGGGGGGUUCGCUGGGUCUCUUUACAAGGACUUUCUGGCUUCCAGAACGCGCUCUUGGCCAGCUUUACCUGCGUGCCCUGCCUCGAGCCGGCCAACAGAAGGUACAGGCCCUGGCGACGUCACUGCAGAUGGGAUACUUGGCAGUGCGCUGACACAGCCCGUGCCCCCUAUCAAGCCUGCAGCCCGCAGCCAGCAUGGAGGCCCUGGCGUGGAAUCGUGGAUGGGAGAUGGCAGUUGUAGUACGUGAGGUGGGCAUUAUCACCCCAGAAAACCCGCAUUCCCACCUCCCGUAUCCAUUC